GCUACUUCUCUCUCUAGAUUCGAAAAAUGGCGAAACUGGUGAUGUUGUUGGUUCUCUGUAUCUUGCCGGCGAUAGCCAUGGCGGCAAGGAGGGGAAAUAUUGGAAAGAAUACAAUGGUGGUUCAAGGUCGCACUUACUGUGACCUUUGCAAAUUCGGCUUCGAGACUCCUGAAUCCUCUUACUUCAUCCCCGGUGCAACUGUGAAGCUUUCAUGCAAAGACAGGAAGACAAUGGAGGAGGUUUACACUGACGAAGCUGUAUCAGACAAACAAGGAAAUUACAAGUUCAUUGUCCACGACGAGCACAAAGACGAGAUGUGCGAUGUUUUACUUGUGAAAAGCGCAGUCAAAGGCUGCUCCAAACUCUCCGUUGGACGCGAGAAGUCUCGUGUGAUCUUGAACCAUUACAGUGGAAUUGCCUCGCAGAUCAGGCACGCUAACAACAUGGGAUUCGAGAAAGAAGUGAGUGAUGUGUUCUGCUCUGCUCUGUUUCAGAAGUAUAUGGUUGAUGAAGAUGAGGAUGAUAUUAAAAGCCAUCUCUAAUUUCUCUAUUUAAUCUUAUGAUAUGCUGUUUUUUCGGUUUCAUUAAUGAGUUUCGGGUUAUGGAAGGAGAUAUAUUUGUAUUUGUUUGAUUACUUAUUUGUCUUAGAUGAUGGAUGAUGAUGACUCUGGUGAUCGGAAGCUCUCUGUUUCUUAUAUAUUGAUGUGUCAUUUCCUUGCUUAGGAAGUGUCUUUUAUUAUAACUAUAUGUUGCCAGUAAACCGAAUUGGGCCGA